GCUUUCAGUUAUGCUUGGCAAAGCGUAAAAAGAUUAGAUUUGUGCAACAUUUGGCUUGACUUCGCGUCGAAAACUUUUUAUAUGAACGUAGUCAUACAAAAACGUACAUCGAACUAUUCUAUCAAAACAAAUGUCGCAAAGCGAAGGAAAAGUUCUAUGUGAAAUGGUCAUAAUACUGCUGAAUAUGCAGUUGAAACCAGAUUUUAAAGAUUUUGGCAGAUUAUUUUUAUGUUGAAAACAAAAUAUUUUUGUCUAAUGUUUUAGUAACCCCAAUAAUUUAGAUAACAAACUUAUGUUGUAAUUUUUAAAGGGAAGUUGUUGUUUAAGGGUAAUGUGCAUAUUUAAUGUAUAUUAUAUGUCAUACGUUGUAAUACGACUCUGUAUUCAGCAUAUUUCAAGGAAAAAGCGUUAUGACGCUUACGUGAGUUGGACAAGCAUAUUUAUAUGUUUUCAUUUCAUAUUAAUAGCCAAUCAAGGAACUAGUUUUUUUAAACAUAAUAUUAUUUAAAAAUCGAUUACCAGUCGGCGCCAUAGCAGUAAUGUCAUCAGCAAAGCGGAAAUCUGUGCCGGGAAAACGUAAACAAACAACACCAGAGAAGAGACGUAGGAGUGGACAAUUAGAAUAUAUUGCAACGGACACGGAUUCUACAAGGAAAUGUGAGACUAACGCAAAGCAUCAUGCAUUGGAUGAUGCGAAUAUAUCAGAUGACGAAGAAGGUGGAACGCGAAUUGGUGAUAUUUAUAUACCACCCCCAAUAACACCACAUUGUUCAACAGAAAGUAAAGGACCUCGUUUGAUUAUUAAAAAAAUUGAAAAUAAAAAUUUUAAAAGCUAUGCUGGUACAGUAGUCCUAGGUCCAUUUCAUCAUUGUUUUACGGCCAUAAUUGGACCAAAUGGUAGUGGAAAGAGUAACGUUAUAGAUUCUAUGCUGUUUGUGUUCGGCUAUCGAGCGAAUAAAAUUAGAUGUAAGAAAAUUUCUACUUUGCUGCAUAACUCGGCUAGAUAUCCAAACAUGUCUAUGUGCUCGGUUGCUGUACAUUUCCGUCAAAUAUUAGAUAAGGAAAAUGGAGAGUGUGAUGAAAUACAUAACAGUGAUAUUGUAGUGGAACGUACAGCAUUUCGGGAUAAUUCCUCUUACUAUACGAUCAAUGGUCGACGAGUACAGUUUAAGGAAGUAGCGAAACUUUUAAAAAAACAUCACGUUGACUUAGAUCACAACAGGUUUCUAAUAUUACAGGGAGAAGUAGAGUCGAUUGCAAUGAUGAAGCCGAAAGGACAAACAGAAAAUGAAUGUGGUAUGCUCGAGUACAUGGAAGAUAUUGUUGGAACAACACGUUAUAAAGAACCUCUUGUCAAAAUAAAUGAACGUGUUGAGCAACUUACUGAAGAGAGAACAGAGAAACACAAUCGCUGCAAAUUGGCUGAACGUGAAAUGAAGGAUUUGGAACAACCAUAUACGGAAGCAAUUGAUUACUUGCGACUCGAAAAUGAAAAUACGCGUAUUAAAAACUUACGCAUACAAAAAUAUCUAAGUGAAAAAAACAAAAAACUUGAAGAAUACAAGAUAGAACACGAAGCCAUUAGUACAGAGUUGAAAUGUCAUAUCGAAGUAUUUGAAAAGAUAAAAACAGAAAGGGAAGUAAAGGAGGAAUUAGUUCGGGAAGAAAUGUCACAAUUCGACUCGCUUCGUAAGAAGAAGGAUGAUAUAGAAAAACAAUGGGAAUGUGCACAUAAAAACUUUACCGAGGUUCAACAAACGAUGGAUAUGACGAAUAAAAGGCGUAAGCAGCAUAAAUCACAAAUGGAAAAACUUAAAGAUGAAAUAAUUGAUUUAAGAAAAAUACCUGAAAAAAAUGAGAAAGAGAUUGGUGAAUGUCAGAAGAAGGCGGCAAAACUUACAGAAAAUAAAGCUGAUCUGGAGGAAGAGCUUCAAAAGAACUACAUUUCACUGGAACAAAUAACCAAACCGCUUAUUGAAAUACGUGAACAGCUGGAAACCGAAUUGGUCGAGCUAAAAAAGUAUGUCGACGAGGCUAAAGCCGUUUUGGCAUUAUCUGAAUCGGAACUAAAAAUUCUUAAACACGAUGAAACGACGGAAACUCGAAAAUAUGAAUCUAUGAAAACGUCAUAUGAUGAAUCAAAUUGCAGUUUAAAGGAAAAAAUGUCGAACAUUGAAGAAAUUAAAUGCCGGUUACCCAAAAUACAAAGUGAAAUUGUAGAAAAGACGCAAUAUUCGCAAAAAUUACAGUUUGAAGAGCAAGAAAUGCGAGAACAAUUAAUGACACUUAAGGCUGAAAUAAAUGAAAAGACUGUAAGCUUGCAAACAUCGCGAUCUAACAAUAAUGUUUUGGACUUUUUAAUGAGACAAAAGAAUGAAGGCAAAAUUCAAGGAAUUUUGGGAAGAUUAGGUGAUUUGGGCGCCAUUGAUUCAAAAUUUGACGUGGCAAUUUCAACAGCUUGUGGACGGUUGGAUGACAUCAUAGUCGAUACGGUUAAUACUGCACAAGAAUGUAUUGAGAAUUUAAAGAGUUAUGAUAUUGGUCGUGCCACAUUCAUUGCACUAGAAAAAGUAAAACAUUUAGAAAAACAAUCCGGACGAAUACAAACUCCAGAAAAUGCUCCACGUCUUUACGAUUUAGUACGAGUAGAGGAUGAACGCGUACUGCCGGCCUUUUAUUUUGCCCUCCGCAAUACGCUAGUAGCCAACGAUUUGGAACAAGGUUCACGAAUCGCUUAUGGUACGCGAAGAUAUCGAGUAGUAACACUAAAUGGAGACGUUAUCGAGACGUCCGGCACCAUGUCUGGUGGUGGUCGUACACAAAUACGUGGAAAAAUGGGAACCAAGGUACAAACUAAAACAAAGCAAUCAGCAGAUUCGUCAAUGAUAUCCCAGAAAGCUUUAGAAGAUAUACAAGUUAAAGCCGAGGAAUUGCAAUCCCAAAUAAAUUACAAUCAGGAGGUGCAAGGUCGUUUAGAACGCGAAGUGCAACAACUCAAUUUAAGCAAACAAAAAAAUGAAUCGGAAAUACAAAAACUGUGUAUAACCAUAAAAAGUUUGAAGGAACAAUUGCCUCGUAUUUUCAAACAAUUGGAAGCACAAAAAACACGUAUGGAGGGAACUACUACCGACGCAGCUAAAGUUAAAAAUAUUGAGGCUGCGAUUGUAAACAAGCAAAAGAAUUUGAGUAGUUCUGAAGAAGAGGCAGACAAAGUGGCUAAGAAAAUAGCUCAAGUCAAGAAAGAAAUUGAGAGCAUACAUGGUGAUAAAGUGAAAGCUGUACAAACAAAAAUUAACAAUUUGGGAAACCAAAUUAAGAAGCUAAAUAAUAAUAUAUCUAAGUUAAAAGUUGAAGUAACUACUUCUGAACGCAAUGUUAUCAAAAUGGAAAAACAAAUUGAACAAUUUAAUGAGGAUAUAUUAAAAGCGCAAGAUGAACUGGUUGCGAUGAGUACGAAGAGACAACAAUAUGACGAUGAAACUGCGCAGCUUGUAAAAGAAAUCGAAGAGGCACAAAAGGCCAUUGAAAAUGCUAAGAGUGAAUCUUCGGAAAUUCAAAAAGAAAUUGUAGCUUUGCUAAAGCGCGAGGGGGAGUGGUCACUAAAACGAGUGGAAAUUGACCAAAAACUUCAAACUGUUAUUGCCAAAAUAUCUGACGUAAAAUCCCAAAUUCCGCACUGGCGAGAUCAGCUUAAACCUUUACGUUUGCAUGUUAUUCCGGGGGACCAAGAACCGCAAUCGCCUCUUAAAACGUACACAGAAGAAGAGCUUGCUGCACAUACUCUACAAGAUAUCCAAUAUAAAGAGAGUGUUCAAGAGGAAUUGCUAAAAAAAAAACCAAACCUCUCAUGUAUCGAUGAAUAUAUUGAAAAGCGAAAUGUGUAUUUGGAGCGCGUAAAAGUGCUAGAAGAUAUUACGUCAAAACGUAAUGAAAUGCGACAGCUUUACGAUGAUUUGCGAAAGAAGAGAUAUAAUGAAUUUAUGCUAGGUUUCAAGAUUAUUACUCGCAAGUUAAAGGAAAUGUAUCAAAUGAUUACACAGGGUGGUGAUGCUGAAUUAGAACUUGUCGAUUCAAUGGAUCCUUUUACCGAAGGUGUCAGUUUCAGCGUGCGGCCACCGAAAAAAACCUGGAAGAACAUUUCAAAUUUGUCUGGUGGUGAGAAAACAUUAUCUUCUUUAGCAUUGGUAUUUGCAUUACAUUACUAUAAACCGUCGCCACUUUACUUUAUGGAUGAAAUCGAUGCAGCUCUUGAUUUUAAGAAUAUAUCUAUUGUAGCACAUUACAUAAAAUUGUCCACAUAAUAAUAGGAGUGACAAAAUGAAAAAUAUAUUUGGGAUUUCUGGAUCACAUGCAAGUGACGCGGUACAAUAGCUGAACACUGAACAGGAUAUUCAUAUUAAAACAUAAAAAAAAUUUAAUGUGAAGAUUGUUAUUCUUGUUCAUUUUUAAUAGUUUUCAGAGAUUUUUGGAAUUGCUUUCCACAAAAAAAUAGGAGUAUUAGACAUUUCCUUACUAAAACAAUCUUUAACUUAAAAAAUGUUCGCAAAAUUAGAAAAGUAAGUAGGGCUCCAUAAUCUAGCAGCAAUUUGAAUUAGUUAUGGUAAAUUUAAUCAUUUCAUUUUUCUUCAGUGGGUAGAUGACAGCAUUCUACAGAGGUAAAGUGGGAAAUGACAAAAUAAAAUUGAAAACUACGAAAAUCGUAUAAGGAUAUCCAAGAAAUGGAAAGAUAUUUUGCCCAACCGGUAGCAAAUAACUUAAAUUAUAGGAAUAAAAUGAAACAGAUGGGCAAAAGGCCAAACAUCCAUUGUUGACGAUCCCAAUAUAUGACACUUCUGCAAAAUUAAUGUUUUUGCGUCAAUAAAUUUAUCAGUUAAUACUGAAACUCUUUGUAGAAGAUUGUUACAUAACAAAAAGUUCACGAAAAGAAAUAGAACAACAAAGCAUGUGUCCUGGCCAGUUUUAAAUAGCAAAAUUUAUUUUAGUCAGAUGAAUCCAAAAUUUAAUUAUUAUAAGAGUUCUAGAAACUUGUGUGCCGUACCCCUAACAUGAAAAAUAAUAGCUGAUUUACAACAAAAACCGUCAAACGUGGCGAUGCUAAAGUGGCGGUAGAGGUAGCUUUUCGCAAAGUGGAGUUGGUUGAAUUCUUUUAAGUGAAAUCCUUAUGGAUCAAUUGAGACAUAUCAAAAGAUUAGAUAAGGUAAAGUUAUCAUAUGCCUGAUAGAAAAUAGCAUUUACAUGGGUAUACCAACAAGAUAAUGACCAUAAACAGAUCAGCAAGUGUGUAAAGAAAUGAUGUAGAGGCAACGGAGUCGAAGUUAUGUCUCAGUCUAUUCAGUCCUAAACCCCAUAAAAACCCUUAGAACUGUUAUGAAAAAUAAGUCUUAUUGAACGAAAACUAACAAAUUUGAAUGAUAUCUGGCAGUUACUAAAAGUGAUUUGAGAAAUAUGACCAUUUCAACAUUGCCAAGAUCUCAUAGACUCUAUUUCCAGGAAGUGUGAGGCUAUAUGAAAAAAACCAAAGCUAUUCAAAGAAAUAUUAAUUAUUUUAAUAUUCAGUAAAGGC